AUGAGCACACAAUUAGUUGAAAGAACACCUUCAAUGUUCUCUCUCUCUCCUUACUCAUUAAAUGACCAUCACCACCAUCAUCACCACCAUUCAACUUCAACUCACUCUUAUCAACCAUAUGAUCCAAUAAAUAGUGCGGAACAGAAUCUUUAUAUUUCUGGACAUAUUCCAUCACAUCAACAUUCAUCCCAUUCAUCAUAUCCUACUCCAUAUACUUCUCCUCCUUCAAGAAUGAGAACUGCUACUGACUCAAAUCCUUCUUCUUCGACUUCCUUAUCAUUUAAUUAUUCACCAUUUUUAACAAAAUCACCAAAAUUUAUUGAUCAACCAUCAACGACGACAACGACAACAAUUAUGAAUUCAUCAACAUCAUCGCCACCACCAACAACAACAACAACAACAUCAACAUCAACACUAUCAUCAUGUUCAUCAAGAUUAUCAACAGAUAAUCAACCAACCAUUACAAUGUUUUUAACUAUUGAAGGAUUGGAAUGUGCUAAAGUAUCAGAUGAAUGUUUAUGUAUAUUGGGAUAUUAUCCAUCAGAAUUAAUUAAUAGAUCACUUUAUAAUUAUAUUACUCUAGAGGAUGGACCAAAAUUACAAAGAUUAAUUAAUACAUUAUUAGGUAGAGUUCACCGUUAUCCAUCAUUACCUUUUGUAACAUCAGAUGAUCAAAGAUUUUCAAGAAUUAAUCCAGAAAAUUUACAAUAUUCCGCUUAUGGUAGUACCGGAAUUGAUGUAUCUGAUAUGAUUAGUUUAAAGCAAAGAAAUGGUCAAUAUGAUUUAUAUAAUGUUCGAAUGUAUUUAGGUGGUGGAUUAGGUGCAAAUUUAAAUCAAAAAGAAACAUGGAAUGAAUUAUAUAUUGUGGCUCAUUUUACUAGAGUUAAACUUGAAAUAUCAAAUUCAAAUUCUUUAAUUAUUAAUGAUGAACGUGAUGAAAAUAAUAUACGAAAAUCUGGACUUCCUGAGGUGACAACUGCGGAUUCUACUUCCCCAACAAUUAUGAGUGUAAAUUCUAUAGUUGUAGGAGUAAUUGGAGAAUAA